AUGAAAACACCAUCAAAAACACCAAAGAAAUUGAUAACAUUCGAUAAUAAUUUCAUGAAAAUUAUUAAUUAUUAUUUCGAUGAUAAGGAGCUUAAUAAUUAUAGUGAUAAUGAUAAUGUGCAUAAGAGCAUACAGAAAUUGAUAAAUUUGAUAAAGGAUGACCAAGCAAAUUGGGAGAAACAAUGUCAAUAUUUGAGAGAAAUUGAAGAAAAUUUAGAUGAUAAAUUUAUCAACCAGAUUGAAAAUAUUCUUGAGCCAAUUAUCUCCAAAAUUUAUUUUAGUUCAAUUGAACCUUUAACAAAACGUUAUUGUAUACCGAUAUUAGAUUCUUGUCAUAUGAUUUCAUCAUUGUCAUCAUCGUCAAUAAGUAAUAAUAGAAUGUUUAAGGAAAUUCUGAUUGAAUAUUCUAAAUUUAUUACACAAGAAAAUUAUUCUAACCAAGCAUUUUCUCAAAAGAGUAAUUCAAUAUAUAUUACAUUGGAUUUUUCGUUAGGCUAUCAAAUAAUAGAAGAAAAAUUAUUUGACACGAUAUAUUUUCUAAUUGAAUCAUUGAAUAUUGUUAUAAUUCAAAGAAUCAACAACAACAAUAAUCAUCACUCAAUCCAAGACUUUGAAGCAUCAUCAUCACCAUUAAUAUUGUCACAGAAUAUGAAUGAUUUACAGCAUUUAACAAAAACUAUUUUGGCUUUAUUAUCAAAAUUUGAUAAAAAAUUUAGACCAAAAUUUAAUAAAAUCAAUUUAGAAGAAAAUUUAAUGGUCAACAACACUACUAAUACUGAUGAUGGUAAUGAUGAAGCAACAUUCUUAAAGAUGAUUAAGGAUUUAAUCAAUGGGUGUUUAAUAAUGUGCUCAAAUCAUAUUUAUAUCAAAGAUGUUAGACAAUUAUCAGGAAUGACACUUUCAGCAAUAUUUAAUUUAUUUGGCUCGUCAUCACCAAAUUUUAAAAGUAAUCAAAUAAUUUAUACAUUUUUUUCACAAAAACUGAAAUUGAUUGGUAAAAACGAAGAUGAUGGAUUUUUGUUAAUUAAAAAAAAAUUAAAUUUAAAAAUUCCUGAUUGUUUAAUAAGUGAUGAUAAAGGAUGGACAGACGAUGAUCCUUUAAUGUUGACUAUUUGUAGGGGAUUUUUAUCAAAUCUUUCAAGAGAUGUAUUAAUUUGUCCCAUUAAAGAAAUAGAAGAAUUUGAGAAAAAUAAUACAAAUGAUCGCAAAGUGACAUCCUUACAUCAAAUUUUAUUUUUGUUUAUAUUAGAAUUUUGUGAUUUGUCUACAAAUUCACAAACCAAGGUUUUAUCUUUUGAAACAUUGGGAUUAUGGUUGCAAGAAACUGAAAAUAUUCUUAAAGAUGAUGAUGGUGGAAUAGAAGAUCUGAUGAUCUAUGAAAAGAAUAAAGUUGUAACGCCAAUAAUAAAGAAAGAGAUCUUAAAUAUUUUCAAUAAAAACAUUUUAGAAAAGUUGAUUUCUUAUGUAAUAAAUAAUUGUGAUGAUCCUAUUGAUGCUAUUCAACAUAAGAUUAAAACAAUUUUUGAAGCUUUAUUAAGUAUUAUCAAUCUAGGAAUUCAAUCGGAGGAAUUAUCCAAAGAUCCUUCGUCAUUAUCAUUGUCUUUUUCUUCUACGCUAGAAUUACAGUACAAUCAAUAUUUAAAUAAUUUGAUUUCUCAAUUAUUGUUGAUGGAUAAGUAUCGUAAGGUUAAAUACUCAUUAUUGAAUCUGAUAUUGCCAAGAAUUAGAACUAAUUUGAUACUUGAAAUGCAAAAUGAUUUUAUCGAUAAAACUUUACAAGUUUUAAAUAACCUUGUUAUUGCACCUAAAGCUGCAAAUUUAUUAAUUGGUUUUUUAAAACAAAGGCUAGAAGAAGAUUAUUACAAUGAGGAAAAUAAUUUGAGAAAUAAUAGUAAUGAUAUUGUAGUAAUAGAUGCAGUGGCAGCAAGUGAAGAAAAAGAGAAAAUAAUUGUAAAUUGGAUGAACUUAUGGAUGAAGCCUUUGUGUUUAAAUCUUACAACAAAAAAUAAUGAAAUAUUAAGGAAAAUCAUUGGAGAGAUUUUAUUGAAGCCAUUAUUUAAGAUUGAUUCUCUGAUAUUCUGGAAGAUUCUUGAGAGAUUUCAAGAUGAAAAAUCAGUCAAUAAUAUGGAGCUUAUUAGAGAUGAAGAGUAUAAAUUGAACUCUUUAAUUUUAAUUAUAAAAAUCGGCAAAUCUUUGGAUUUUAUUGAUGGAAAUAAAUUAUUUCUUGAAGAACAAAGGAAAAAGUUGCUUUAUGAUUCAAUUUGUCAUGAAGAUUUAAACAUUAGAAGUGAUUUACUUGGAUUAAUAUGUGAAUCAAAAAAGGCAAUAAUAGAAAUUACUGCACAAGAAUUGGAAUUAUUGAAAUCAUUUUUAAAAAUAAAUAUUAAUUCCACUUCACCAGAGUUUAGACAAAAAUUAUAUGGAAAUUUAAAUAAAUUAUUUAACAGAUUGGAGAUCAAUACAAACGGAUUAUUAAGAGAUUAUUUAUCCAGGAAGAAAUUUAUUGAAAAAAAUCGUCAUCUAAAUCAAAAAAAGGAGUUAGAGAAUGUUGUGAUGAUUGAAUUGGAUGAAAUUAAAAAGAAAUUCGAUAAAUAUGAGAGAUUUUUGAAUUGGUUGGUUGAAUUGUUGAUGGCUUCGUUGUAUCCUGGAGCAUCAUUUCAAAGAGUUUCUACCAGUUUAAAUAUCUUUAAAUUAUUAUUAAAUAAAAAUUUUUUUUGUGAAAAAUCAAACUUGGCUUAUGAAAUAUUGAGAGAAUUUGUUUCACCGUUGCCCGGAAUUGUCAAUAAUCAAGAAGAAGCAUUAACAAUAAAAUAUAUAUUGAAAUGGGCUUUUGAUCGUAUGAUAAGUGCAAGGGCUGUGGAAAGUGAUAGUGGUGCAAUGAUUUUUCGACUGGUAUUUAGGAAAUAUGUUAUAGAAUUAGGUCAUAUUAUUGAUUUUGAAAAGGAAGAUAUUUUAAUUGAAGAAAGCAUUGUUUUUGAAAAAGAAGUUUGCGAAUAUUCUUUGGUUUCAUCUAUCAAUUUUAUUCAAAAAAUUUUAAGAAUAUUAAAGACACAAAUUAACAUCGCAUCAAAUAAUCUUUUAUUAGCAUCAAAAAAAUAUCCAAUGUAUGGGACAUUAAUUGGACUUCAAUAUCUAUUUUUAGAAAUUAAUUAUAAUUCAGAUUUUGUAAAAAAAAAUAUUUUAGAGUGGAGAGCUUUACAUAAAGAUGUUUUACAAUUGAUUGAUCAUGUGUGUCAAAUCGUUUUAGAAAUUUUAUCUAGCCCAUCACCUGAAGUAGGAGAAGAAAUCAGUGAUGGUAAUGAUAAUAUAUUUGGGCCCAAACAUCAAAUUAUAUUGAGUUGUUGUUGGAGAACUUAUGCAUUAGUUGAUUAUGAACAAGUUCGUAAAGGUGGAGAAUUAUUUAAGAAUUUAUUAAUUUCUAUAAGACAUCGUGGUGCAUUUUCAGCAAUAUAUCCAGAAUUUUUAAAAGUUUGCACCAGAUUAUUAUCAUCAAAUCAAUCAGAUUUUUUUGGUUUACCAAAAAUUUGGUUGGAGGAAAAUAUAAAUGCUAUAAAGACAAAUUCGAUUUCAAUAACAAGAAGAAGUGCAGGAUUACCUUAUUAUAUAUUGGCAAUAGUUUACAGUGAGUCGUCAUCAUCGAAUCGUAGAAUGUUAUUACCUUGGGUGAUGAAAACUUUAUUUGAAAUUGGAUUUAAAGAAAUUAUUUUUAUGGAUUCAAAAUUGGGAACGGAAGUUUUACCAUAUGUUUCAAAUGGUUUUGAACUUAGCAUUGAAGGAUUUUCUUCAAAAAGUUGGGCAAUAAGAAAUUGUAGUGUAAUGUUAUUUUCUACAUUGUUACAAAGAACUUUUGGUAAUAAGAAAGUCAAAGAUGAAAAUCAUUCAGUAAAUAAUUUAACUAGCAAAGAAUUUUUCACCAGAUUUCCAAAGUUGCAUUCAUUUUUAUUAAAUCAAUUGGAAACUUUUGUUAAUCAAUUAUUGGUUAAAAAAGACAAAGAAAAUGUUGAUAAGGAUUUAAAGCAUCAAUCAAAAGUUCACACUGGAUUAUAUCCUAUACUUACAUUGUUAUCUAGAUUGCAUCCUUCAUUGAUGGAAAGUACAAAUUCAGUUAGAGAAAUAGCAGCAAAAGCACUUGUACCAUUAAUCACAACAAAUGAUUUAAUUUCAAAAUGUAUCGAAUUGCUGAAUGGAUGUGAAUUAUUUAAUCAAAAUGAAUUACAUGGAAGAUUAAUUCAAAUAAAAUAUUUGUUAAAAGGGCAUUUAGAAAAUAAUUUUUGUGGAUUUAAUAUUAUGAAAGAAUUUAUAGAAAAAUUUUCCAAGGUUUUCAAAUCUGAAUUUUAUCUUUUAACCAAAGAAAAUCCAUGUCAAAUCACUAGAAACUUAUUACUAGAAAUAAUUUAUGUUUUUAUUAUUAAUGAUGAUUGGAUAUAUAAUGAAAAAGAUUUAAUUAAACAAAAUGAGCUUUUUGAAUUGAUUAAAGAAAAGUUUUCAGAAUUGAGAAAAUCAAUUUUUUAUUUAUCAUAUUCAGAAUUAUUAUCAUUACCAACUAACGAUCAUAUUAUCUUUGAUGAAGAUUAUUAUAAGAAUAAUAUUGGGUAUUAUCUUGUUAAAAAACAAAUGAUAAAGAUAAUAGUCAAAUCAUUGAUUAAUAAUAGUCAAGAAAAAAAUAUUUAUUAUGAUGAGAAAGAAAUUGAUCAACAAAAAAUUAUUAUUGAUAUUAUAAAAAAUAAAGAUUAUGAAGUUAGAGUUUUUGGAUUGGGAACAUUAAUAAAGCAAUUUGAAGAAAAUAUGGAUAAUUUCAAUAUUAUUAAACAAAGAGUUCAAAUACAUGCUAUUCAACAAGAAUUAAUUAAUAUAAUAUAUAAAGAAGAAAAUGAUGAUGGAUUGAAAUUGGAAUAUUAUAAAAAAGCCAUUAGGUUAUUGGGAUUAAUUGAUCCAAAAAAUCCAUUUCCUUCUACAUCUGCUGUUCCUUUGACUUCUUCUCAAUUGAAUUUUGGAAUCAGAGAAUUUUGGAAAAAAUUAUUUAAUUAUUAUUUGAAUGGAAAAAAAAGUACAAAAAUAGAUUCAGUAAUCGAAGUCAUUUUACCUAUUUUAAGUAGAUUAUUAUCACAAAUUUGGCAGGAUAAUUCAAUGCCAUCAGAUUUUAAAUCUUUAUGUUUAAAACAAUGGACUGAAAAUGAUACUGCCUCUAUUAUUUCUAAAGCUAAAAAAUUAAAGAUACCAAUAAAUUCAGAUAAAGCAACAGAAUUAUGUUAUGAAUAUAUUUCAACUCAUUACCAUAAAUCAUUACAUUUAUACAUUGCUCUAUUACAAAAUUUAACAGGCGAUGAGAAACCUGAAAUAAUUUUAAAAUCUGAAUUGUAUCCAACAAAAGUUUUAUUUGCAAUUGAAGAUCCAAAUACUUAUAAAGAACAGCUUUUAGAUAUUCAACUAUCAUUUAAACAUUUGAAAUCAUUAUUAAAUGUUAAUAAUUCCUUAAAUUUUCCAGACUUAUUUAGAGUGACUAUACCAAAGUUUAUUUUGGAACAAUUUAAGAAUGUUUUGGAAAUAUUAUGUUUUAAAGAAAUCCAGGAAGGGAACUUUGGUCCUUUAGGUUUCACAUCAAAACCAAAGGUUUUUUUUGUAAUUUAUAAAAUCAUUUUGGCAUUAAUUAUUAUGAUUGAAUUUCAGCCAAAUAUUGAAGAAAAAUUAAAAUAUAUCAAAGAGAUUGAAAUGAUUUUGAAGAAAUCUUUGAUAAAUUCAACCAAGAUUAAAUUACAUCCAUUAUUAAAUAAUUUAAUAUAUAAAGAACUUAUAACCGAAUUCUUUAACAAUAGUAGCGAUGAAUAUUUUAUUGAUGAUGAAAAAUUUAGCAAUGAUUUUAAUAAUUGGUUUCUUUUGGGCAAUUAA